AUGGGCAAGGAAGACAAGCUCCACCUGAACGUCGUUGUCAUUGGACACGUCGACUCCGGCAAGUCUACGACUACCGGCCAUCUUAUCUACAAGUGCGGUGGUAUCGACAAGCGUACCAUCGAGAAGUUCGAGAAGGAAGCCGCUGAGCUCGGCAAGGGUUCCUUCAAGUAUGCGUGGGUUCUUGACAAGCUCAAGGCCGAGCGUGAGCGUGGUAUCACCAUCGAUAUCGCCCUCUGGAAGUUCGAGACCCCCAAGUACUAUGUCACCGUCAUUGACGCCCCCGGUCAUCGUGACUUCAUCAAGAACAUGAUUACUGGUACCUCCCAGGCUGAUUGCGCUAUUCUCAUCAUCGCCUCUGGUACUGGUGAGUUCGAGGCUGGUAUCUCCAAGGAUGGCCAGACCCGUGAGCACGCUCUGCUCGCCUACACCCUGGGUGUCAAGCAGCUCAUCGUCGCCAUCAACAAGAUGGACACCACCAAGUGGUCUGAGGCCCGCUACCAGGAGAUCAUCAAGGAGACCUCCAACUUCAUCAAGAAGGUCGGCUACAACCCCAAGUCCGUUGCCUUCGUCCCUAUCUCCGGCUUCCACGGCGACAACAUGCUUGAGCCCACCACCAACGCUCCUUGGUACAAGGGCUGGGAGAAGGAGGCCAAGGGGGGUGCCAAGGUCACUGGCAAGACCCUCCUCGAGGCCAUCGACUCCAUCGAGCCCCCCAAGCGUCCUACCGACAAGCCGCUCCGUCUUCCCCUCCAGGAUGUGUACAAGAUCGGUGGUAUCGGAACGGUCCCUGUCGGCCGUAUCGAGACUGGUAUCCUGAAGCCCGGUAUGGUCGUCACCUUCGCCCCUUCCAACGUCACCACGGAAGUCAAGUCCGUCGAGAUGCACCACGAGCAGCUUACCGAAGGUGUUCCCGGCGACAACGUUGGUUUCAACGUCAAGAACGUCUCCGUCAAGGAUAUUCGCCGUGGCAACGUCGCUGGCGACUCCAAGAACGACCCGCCCAUGGGUGCUGCGUCGUUCGACGCUCAGGUCAUUGUCCUGAACCACCCCGGCCAGGUCGGUGCUGGUUACGCCCCCGUCCUCGACUGCCACACGGCCCACAUUGCCUGCAAGUUCGCCGAGCUCCAGCAGAAGAUCGAUCGCCGUACCGGCAAGUCUGUUGAAGACUCGCCCAAGUUCAUCAAGUCUGGCGAUGCCGCCAUCGUCAAGAUGAUCCCCUCCAAGCCCAUGUGCGUUGAGUCUUUCACCGACUACCCUCCUCUCGGUCGUUUCGCCGUGCGUGACAUGCGUCAGACCGUCGCCGUCGGUGUCAUCAAGAAGGUCGAGAAGUCCGCUGGUGGUGCCGGCAAGGUCACCAAGUCCGCUGCCAAGGCUGGCAAGAAAUAA